AACACCAUGAAUUCUCGAACGCAGACUCUAGAAUGGUACGAUUACACCAUUUUUGGAAUCAUGCUUACUAUCAGUACCUCAUUUGGAAUCUAUUAUGGAUGCGUAGGGACCAAACAAAAGACUAUAAACGAAUACUUGCUAGGAAAUAAAAAGAUGAAUGCCUUACCCAUUGCACUCUCUGUAGCUGUCGGACACUUUACAGCAAUAACUCUGAUGGCGAUGCCUGCUGAUGUUUACAAAUAUGGAGCGUUUCAGUGGCUUGGUUGCAUUUCCAUGUUCUUAUUGGUCAUAUUAUCUGUUUAUAUUUACUUCCCUGUAUUUUUCAACCUUCAACUAACAAGUGCAUACGAGUACUUGGAAAGAAGAUUCGAUAAAAAGACCAAGUUGUUAGCAUCCUCUUUAUAUCUGUUAUGUGAAUUUAUUUAUCUCGCUGUGGUUGCUUAUACUCCAUCUUUGGCACUUUCAGUGUCCACUGGAAUUCACGUGCAUUUAAUAUCUUCUGCAAUAUGUGCUAUCUGUGUCUUUUACACUGCAAUCGGAGGACUAAAAACGGUAGUUUGGACGGACUUUUUUCAAUUUGGUGUAAUUAUAGUAUCACUGCUCACCGUUUCUAUUGUUGGUACUAUUUCAAGUGGAGGUUUCGUAUCAAUAUGGGAACAAGCUUUAAAAGGCGACAGACUUAAUAUAUUUGAUUUUGAUCCGAAUCCAACAAAACGAGACAGUUUUUGGACUUAUUUCUUUGGAUAUACAGCCCACUUUACUAACUACAUCAGUCUGACCCAAUCUGGAUUACAGAAAUUUUUAGCUUUACCAACGUUUCGUGAAAGUGUCUGGUCUGUGAUUUAUGUGGCUAUUUGCUUAAGCAUCGUAUCUACUUUCGUUGUCUUCAUUGGUCUCCUCAUGUAUGCAAAAUACGCAAAAUGUGAUCCUUUUAUAAGCAAGAAAAUCCAAAGGCAUGAACAGAUGGUACCUUAUUAUAUUAUGGAUGUAGCUGGACAUGUACCUGGUGUUUCGGGUUGUUUCUUAGUGGCUUUAUUUUGUGCUUCAUUGAGUACAAUAUCUUCAAGUUUAAACGCUUUAGCUAGCGUAAUCUACAAAGAUUUCUUGUAUAACUUUUUAAAUGAAAAUAUUAAAGAAAAAAGUGUGACAAAAAUUUUGAAAUUGAUUGUCGCACUUUGUGGCAUUGCGAUCAUAGGUUUGGUUUUGAUAAUGCAGCAUUUGGGAGAUAUUAUUCCGUUGGCUACUAGUAUUACAGCAAUAUCACAAGGACCAUCUAUGGGCAUGUUCACUUUAGGCGUUCUGUUUCCAAAAGCAAAUUCUGAAGGUGCGUUUUAUGGAGCUAUUGGUGGUUUCAUUUUCACAGCAAGUAUCGGCAUGCCUUUGAAAUUUUACAAUUUAGAGAAAACGUUUGCCUACCCGUCAAAACCUCUAUCAGUUGAAAAUUGCGAUGUUUCAAACCAAACUACAGAAUUUGAAUUGCAGUGGUUAAAUACUUCUUUUAAGCGGUCCAGUACUUCUAUGAACCACACUAUGCAGACAGAGAACAGGAAGCCACCCUUUAUAUUUCGCAUUUCUCAUUAUUAUCACACGUUUCUUGGUGCAAUAGUUACAGUAGCUUUGGGACUGGUAAUUAGUUACGUUUCCAGCACAGGUGAUCGUCUACCUGAUAAAAAAUUUUUGAGUCCACUUUGCCAAAAUUUUGGACCAAACAAAUCAAACCGUCUAGAAAUGCAAGGUCUUACAAACUGCAUUCCGUACAAACACUCGUAUAGUUAAGUGCUACCAUACGUUUGACAAU